AUGUACUCGUCUUAUAAUUCAAGAAUAUCUAACUAUAUCACCCCUCCAAGUACAGGAUACCAUACACGAUGCCACCACGGCAGCCACCACGGUAAUCGUAGUGCUGACACGGCACGCUAUCGGAGUACUGGGCUAGAUUACAAUGGAUAUCGAAGUACUCGUUCGCCGACCACCAGCUGGAACCGUUCACCGUCAUCGUACGAUUCCUUCUCAUAUUCAUCAGGAAGAAGUUCACUAACAAGUCCGAGUUACACACCGUCAUAUAGUUCCCGGACGCAUGCCGAAUACUCCCCGAAAUACAGUACUCCGAGCCGUAGCAGAAGUAGUUCCUCGUGUACGGAUGCUGAAAUACCAACCACCCCGUUCAGUCCAAUAUCGACCAGUACUCGUUUUUCCAGCUUCGCCCAACGUCCGCCAAGUCCACGUGUAUCCACGCCAAAAACUCUCAAUUUCAGUCGGGACGAUCUUGAUAUAUCACCACUGAGUCCCACAAUCACCAAACACGACGACGAAAGCAACAGUCCUGAUGGUUCGAAUUCUACUGAAAAACAGUUCGAAAAACCAGAUAGAUCAAAGUGGUCAGAAUUUUUGGAACCUAAUGAUGACAACACAGGAGUGGUCAAGCACGUUGCCGAGGGAGGACGAUGGGUUGGAGAGUAA